CUGUCUCAGUUCCCGGCGCUCGACUCCGAAACGCACCAAAAUCUAAAUCGCCACUCGUUAAUACUACAGCUGCGCAACCAAUAGGGGGAGAAGAAGAAUAAAAAUAGAAGAAAAGAAGAGAAAAAGGACAACAAGAGGAGGGAAUAUCGAAAGACGGAAAAACAACACCCAUUUCGCUCUCCACCAGCGUCAAAUGUGAGAGUUGCUCUCUCGCAAUGGAUCUCACGUCUCAGAUGAUGUCUCAGUUCUCGCAGCCUCAUAUGCAGCAACAACAGCAGCAGCAACAGCAACAACAGCAACAGCAACAGCAGCAGCAGCAGCAACAACAACAACAUCUUCAACAAUUGCAACAACAACAGCAGCAGCAGCAGCAACAACACCACCACCAACAGCAACACCAACAACAGCAGCAAAUCGAAUCGGCCAGCGCCCAAGACGUCCUCGUUGAAGCCCGCAAGAACCUCCAAGUCCUCAUCGACUUUGGUCUCUCCAAAGACCUUCUCCAUCAGUGGGUUGACCAGAAUCUCGCCACGUCCGGCUCUCCGCCAGCCGCUGCCGCCACGCCCAUCCCAUCGCCGUUGCUGUCUCACCCUGCUUCCUCCCCCUCGCAUCAGCAUCUGCAGUCUCCCCAGGCUUCGGUUCUCGCUCCUCCACCGCCGCCUUCGGUCUCUUCCGCCGUCCUCAGUUCUCCCGUCGCGUCUCUCUCAACAUCGUCGGCCGCUACUUCGCCUAUUCCAGUCUCCAGCUCUACCACAGCUCCUUCUCCUGGAACCGGCGCACCUCCUUCCAUCGCCAUAAUCAAAACAGAGCCAUCGUCCUUCGCCGAUGAUGUGACCAGAGCCUGGGCAGCCGUUAAUGUAAAUGGACUGCCGCCGCAACAGGCCACAGCUGGCCAGAUCCAGCAGGUUUCACGGAUAGCUCCGGCUGGUGCUCCUGGCGUCGUGAAAUCAGACCCCUCCGCCUUCAUCUCGCCUUCCAUGUCGUAUCUCAACCACCGCCCUCGAAUCUCCGUCUCCUCCACCAGCUCAGGAUCCUCUGGCCAUGCCUCUCUAUGGUCCGUCAAUUCCGGACGAUCAUCCAUGUCGUGGGCAUCAGCGUCGUCUCGAUCACUGCCUAUGACUCCUUCUCCCUCUUCAGCCAAUAAGACAAACAUCUACUGGUGCACCUCGUGUGAGACAAGUUUCAAGCGCAAGUACGACUGGAAGCGUCACGAAGACGAGUUCCACGAGCGCUGGAGGAAAUAUCCCUGCCCCGAGCCUGGCUGCAACCGCAGCUUCUGGGGCUCCAACUCGUUCAACCAGCAUCAUAAGCAGUGCCACGGCUGCAAGACGUGUCCUCAUGCUGAAAAGGUCGUCAGAUUCCUGCGCAAGCGCAAGUACUGGGCCUGUGGCUUCUGCUCUGCCCUGCAUCCUGCACGAGAGCGUCACGUUGAGCAUGUUGCCAGGCAUUUCGAGUCUGGUCUGGGCAAGGCUGACUGGAUGCACUCUCGCGUCAUCUACGGUCUGCUGCACCAGCCGCUCAUCCACAAUGCCUGGGACGCCAUGGUGACGGGCAAGCAAGCUGAGUUUGGUGGACGCCGUCCGCAGUUCAGUUGGCAUCCGAGCAAGACGGGGCGUGCUCAAGGCUUCUUAGAGAAGGAGAAUCCAGGCCAGCUCCAGGACCUGCUCGAGUUCUUCUCCGGCGACGAAAGCGAGGCACAGUGGAUUGUGGGAAUAGCCUUUGACCUGUCUGACAUGGCCUUUUCAAAUGCUCAGCCAUCACCGCAGCCGCAGUUUUCACCCACGGGCAAUGCCAUGGUUCCUCCAUCGGGCUAUCCGCAACAGCAGGCAGAUGCUCGCAUGUCCUUUGCCACACCGCUGCCGUCGCAGACACCGCAGCAGAUGCUCGCUUCUCCUGGCGCACCAAACGCCUUUAACUCAACCCCUUACCGAAACCCCUCUGCCUUUGUUCCGUCACAGGCAUUCCCCUCAGGACAGCAGCAGUCUACUCAUCUUGAUAAGCGCGAGCUGCCGCCUGUUCCUCAGGGUCCAACUCCCCCUAUGACAGAGGGCAUGAUGGACUUUGAAUAUUCGCCCAAUCCCGUCAUUUUUGAGGACUGGGAGAGCAUCGCUAGCUCAACCUUUCUAGACACAUCAGCUCACCAACAGCAGCAGCAACAGCAACCUGACCAAACCACUGGCUGGGGGAUGGGCCCAUUUUAUAGCGAUCCUAAUGUCAAUUGAUCAAGAUAAAUUGAUCAAAACAAGGGAAUAAAAAAAAAGAAAGAAAAAAAAAAACACACACGAAAAAACCAUUACGCUCCUUUAUUACUUACUACUACUACCACCGGCACUACU